AGAAAAUGAAAGGCAUGGUCUUCCUCCUUUACGGCCUCCCCCCUUUUCCUGGCCAGAGCUGGGCCCAAGGGCCUGGGAGGGAGGGGUGGAAAGGAUGUGAUGGAAAUCUCCUCCAUAGGACACAGGAGGCAGGGUCCUCCUGAAGGAGUUCAAAGCUGCUGGCCAAGCUCAGUGGGGAGCCUGGGCUCUGAGAUUCCCUCCCACCUGUGGUCCUCGCUCUUCCCAGUGUCCUGCAUGUCUGCCCCCAGCACCCAGGGCUGCCUGCCUGGGCAGCUCAGCAUGGCCCCAGCACACCUCCAUAGGAAUCCUGGAGUAUCCUUCCAUUUCUCAGCCAAAUCUUUUGAGACUGAAAUCACACAGGCGGGAAUGAAGAUUGCGCCAGCCUUCUCUUAAGGGCACCUAGCUGCCUUCACCUUCUCCCUCUACCCCUUGGCAGGAAUAGGGUGUCCUCCCUUCUUUCAAAGCACUUUGCUUGCAUUUUAUUUUUUAAGAGUCCUUCAUAGAGCUCAGUCAGGAAGGGGACAGGACACCAAGCCAAGCCCCCAGCAUUGGGAGCGGCCAGGCCACAGCUGCCGCUCCUGUAGGCCUCAGGCUGUAAGCAAGAGACAGUACUGGCCCUUGGCCAGCGUCCUACCCUUCCCAAUUCCAAGGACUGGGUAUGGAUCGCUGGGCCCUAGGCUCCUGCUUCUGGGGCUAUUGGAGGGUCAGUGUCUGUGACUGAAUAAAGUUCCCUUUUGUGGUC